AUGGGCUGUGUACAAUCAUCAGGCGUCGACGAUGAGGCCAAGGCCCGCAACGACGAAAUUGAGAGCCAGUUGAAGCGGGACCGUAUGAUGGCGAAGAACGAGAUCAAGAUGCUGUUGCUUGGGGCUGGUGAAUCUGGCAAGUCAACGGUGUUGAAGCAAAUGAAGCUCAUCCACCACGGCGGGUACAACGACUCCGAAAGGGACUCGUACAAGGAAAUCAUCUUUUCAAACACCAUCCAAUCCAUGCGUGCAAUCCUCGAAGCCCUCCCACAACUCGACCUAACCCUCGCACCGCAAAACGACGCCCGCCGCGCAACCAUCAUGGCCCUCCCCAUGCAAAUCGAAGCCGACAUCCUCCCGCGGGACGUCGUCGACGCCGUCCGUUCCCUCUGGCGCGACCCAGGCGUCAAAGACGCCGUGCGCCGUUCCCGGGAGUUCCAGUUGAACGAUUCAGCGGUGUACUACUUCAACUCGAUCGAUCGGAUGGCUGCGACGAAUUAUAUCCCUACCGACCAGGAUAUUUUAAGGAGCAGGGUGAAGACGACGGGGAUUACGGAGACGACGUUUAAAGUUGGGGAAUUGACGUAUAAAUUGUUUGAUGUGGGUGGACAGAGGAGUGAGAGGAAGAAGUGGAUACAUUGUUUUGAGAAUGUGACGGCGUUGGUGUUUUUGGUUAGUUUGAGUGAGUAUGAUCAGAUGUUGUAUGAGGAUGAGAGUGUGAACCGUAUGCAAGAAGCGCUCACCCUCUUCGACUCGAUAUGCAACUCGCGUUGGUUCGUCAAAACAUCAAUCAUCCUAUUCCUCAACAAAAUCGAUCUCUUCGCCGAAAAACUCCCCCGCUCACCGUUAGGGGAUUACUUCCCAGACUAUGCAGGCGGCGACAACUACGACGCGGCGUGCGAUUACCUCUUGCACCGUUUCGUUUCCCUUAAUCAGAGCGCGGCGACGAAGCAGAUUUAUGCGCAUUAUACGUGUGCGACGGAUACGCAGCAGAUCAAGUUUGUGUUGAGUGCGAUUCAAGAUAUAUUACUUCAGCUCCAUUUACGGGAAUGUGGGCUGCUGUAA